AUGGGGAAAUAUGUCUGGGCAAUUGCCACCAAAAAAGACAAUUUAUUUGUCAAAUGGAUCAAUGAAGUAUAUUUGAUGGGGAAGAAUUGGUGGGAGUACCAGCCACCAACCGAUUGCAGCUGGUACUGGAAGAGAAUUGUAGCAAUCAAGAACACCCUCACAACCAAGAUCGAUCAACAAACCUUUGCGGCUUUGAGAACAAAAGAGCAAAUACAAAAGUUCAAUCCCUUGGUAGAUGAGACUUGUUUAUUGUGUAGUAAUGGAUCCGAAACAUUGGAACACCUCUUCUUUACUUGUCAUUACAGCAACAUGUGUGUACAAGGCGUUAAAGAUUGGCUGGAAUGGAAAACAUCGACAAACAGUUUGCUGCAGCUAGCUAAAUGGACAGAUAAAUCGAAGUUAUCUGCAACCCGAAAGAGUAUUUUUCAUGUUGCUCUUGCUGCCACGGCUUACCAUAUAUGGAGGGUCCGAAAAAUGAUGCUCUUUGGAAUCAAAAGGUAUGGUGUAUCCGGAAUACUGUACAGAAAAUCAAAGUAG